AUGGAGAGCUCCAUUCAACGCAGUCUUAAUGACAAGCUCUACGAUCGAAGGAAGCUCGGUGCGCUUGAGCUGGAAAAAACAGUUCGGGAAUGUGUUGUCCACGACGACCACGAGAAAGUCCGCCUGAUUAUUGACCAGCUUUGUCACGACUUCGCGUAUGCCGUGCAUCAGCCCCAUGCUCGCAAUGGUGGACUGAUUGGUCUCGCUGCAGCGUCUAUCGCUCUUGGGACGGAGGUCGCUCGGUAUCUGGGUGAAAUCGUUCCACCAGUUCUCGCCUGCUUUGCCGACCAGGAUGCACGGGUUAGAUAUUACGCUUGUGAGAGCAUGUAUAACAUCGCAAAAGUAGCCAAGGGGGAAAUAUUACCAUUUUUCAAUGAUGUGUUUGACGCAUUGUCCAAGCUAGCAGCGGAUUCCGAGCUCUCGGUCAAGAACGGGGCGGAAUUAUUGGAUCGGCUUGUCAAGGAUAUCGUGGCUGAAUCCGCCGCCACCUACGUUUCUAUCCUGCAGUCACCAGAACAAAGUAUCACAGAUGCACAAUCGGAUGAAAAUUCCCCGACCUAUGCUUCGGAUGCUGCGUUUCCCACCGCAUUCUCUUUGCCCAAUUUUAUACCCCUUCUCACCGAGAGAAUACAUGUCGUAAAUCCCUUUACUCGCAUAUUUCUUGUAUCCUGGAUCACAUUGUUGGAUUCAAUACCUGACCUAGAACUUGUAACAUACCUUCCAGAAUUUCUCGAGGGAUUAUUCAAGUUUCUUAGCAACCCUGUUGGUGAUGUUCACACAGCGACCCAACAAGCGUUGGAAGGGUUCUUGACAGAAAUCAAGAAAAUCGCUAGGAUCAAGCGUGGUAUCGAAGAAUCUAGGAAAAGCCGGACGGGCAGGAUGUCACAGUCAAGGACACGCAGUAACAGCGAUAGUGGUGAUACGGAAGAAGGAAUAAGACUAUGUGAAAAGCUAAGCUUAGAUGAGAACGGGGAAGGAGCCCCCCCUCCGGAGGAAAAGGGACUUAGUGCGGAUGGAUCGUGGAUACCUGGACAAGACGUUAUCGUUGACCACCAAAAGAUUCUAGAGAUAUUGAUUCCAUUCCUUGACGCGUCAGAGGAAUCGAUCCAACUCACAGCUCUAAGAUGGGUCGAAAGUUUCUUUGAUAUAUGUCCCGAGGAUCUUUUGCUCUUUGUCCCCCGGCUGCUAUCCCACGUUCUCCCCGCGAUUGCACAUGAAGGGGAGACUGUACGGAAUGCAGCUAUGAAGGUCAAUACCUCAUUAUCGAGCCUGAUAAUGUCACUAUCCGAUGAUCUUGACUACUCGGCUACUGUGAAUGCUCUGACUUUACAGUUUUUGCACGAACAUGAGCAGACCCGGGUGGCGGCAUUGGAAUGGUUAUUGAUGCUGCACAGGAAAGCCCCUCGCAAGAUGUUGGCAAUCAACGACGGAACGUUUCCCGCACUUCUCAAGACCCUCUCGGAUCCUAGCGAUCAAGUUGUGACCAGGGACCUGCAACUACUUUCUCAAAUUUCCCAUAAUAGUGAAGACAACUACUUUACUUCCUUUAUGGUCAAUCUCCUAUCGCUGUUUAGCACAGAUCGGCGACUAUUAGAGACAAAAGGAAAUUUAAUUAUCAGGCACCUAUGUGUUAAUCUUAAUCCGGAGCGGAUAUACAGAACGCUGGCAGACAUCUUGGAGAAGGAUGAAGAUGUUGAAUUUGCAAGUAUCAUGAUCCAGAACCUGAACAACAACUUAAUGACAGCCCCUGAGCUUGCCGACUUGAGGAAGCGGUUGAGGAGUUUGGAUACUAAGGAUGGUCAGACUUUCUUUGUCAGUCUGUUCAGAUCCUGGUGCCACAACGCUGUCGCAACUUUUUCGUUGUGUCUAAUGGCCCAGGCAUACGAACAAGCAUCCAACCUCUUGCAAAUUUUUGCCGAACUAGAGAUAACCGUCAACCUCCUAAUCCAAGUCGACAAACUAGUUCAACUUCUUGAAUCCCCGGUUUUCACAUAUCUCCGCCUCCAACUCCUCGAGCCCGAAAAGCACCCAUACCUCUACAAAUGUCUCUACGGCCUCCUCAUGCUCCUCCCACAAUCGUCCGCGUUUGCCCUCUUGAAGAACCGUCUAAACAGUGUGAGCGCAAUAGGAUACUUACACAUCGCCCCGAGAGCAAGUUCCGCCCCGUACGAGCGCCCCACAAGAUUGAAGGGCCGCGGCGACGAGAUCAAGUGGAUUGAACUACUGGAGAAGUUCAAGGCUGUACAGGACAAGGCCAGGAGACAGCAGAUGCACUACAACAAUGUGAAGACCUCGGCGAACCAGGGCUCAAUGGCGAGCAGUGGUGGUGGUGGUGGUGGCGGGGCUACCUCUUCGAUUUUGUCUCCGUCAAGGACAUCCACGCCCACUGGGUCCGCGACGAACGCUGCCGGCACGAACGCGCCUAGGGCGGGACGAGGCGGCGCUGGUGGGGGUAGCGGUGGUGGGGGGGGGUUGGCCAUUGGGCGAUUGGCGUCUGGGAGAAGGGCGAGGAACAAGCCGUGA